AUAGGCAGCCAUUAAAUUCUAGAGAAUGUAGCAAAAGUAAACUAUUAAAUUGAUAACUCAAUUAUUAAUGACCAAGCAGUCCAGUUCUGCAUUAUGGUCUGGAAUCCAUUAGAUACAAUGAUGAUAUUUGGUGGAUGCAAUUAUAAACUUACAGUGAAUAUAAUUUGAAAUGCUGAUUUAAAAACACAUAAAAUUGUUUCUACAAACAACUUUUUUGAAUUAUAAACCUAAGAAUGCAAACUCAGAUCCUAAAAAUAAUAGUUUUUUAAUCUAAAUGGGUUUAGGUUCACCAGAUCAAACUCACAUCUAACCACUGAUUUUUAUUUUUUAUUUUUGUUGCAGAAGAGAGAAAAGAAAAGCAGUUGGAACUUUCCUUCUAGUGCUUAUUAAAAAAAAUAUAAUUACAUUGUUUACUAAAGAUAGAGAUCAUUUUUUCUCCUCGAGUGAUUCUGCAAAUUUAGAUUACACAUAGAACCAGCUUAAAAAGUUUCAGAUUAAAUAGAUUUUGUUGUCGAAUGUAUAUUCCAUCCCACUACCUCUUGAUUUGUUGCAGAUUUUUUUAAUCCAAUGGUUAUUUGGUGUGUUUCUUGUGGGUGACUUUGUAUUGCUGUCCUAAUUAUAGUUUGUUUUGGAUGAAUGCAUUUUUAUGUUUUAUUGCUUCCUGAUCAUAUUAGUUCUAAUGAAUUAAGUGAAUUAUUAUGAAUAGAAAACAUUUGGAUUCACUGCUACAAUAACGCCCAGCAGAACUUUAUAAAUUGGCUCGGGGCACAUUCUUCCAUUGUUAAAAAGCUGUGAUCUGCACUCUGGUCCUGCUUCAAGGUCGGCUAAGUUGAUUAUCAAUUGGCCUGAGAAGCUCAACUGCUUCUCUCCACGGGAAGGUAUUAUGUCCGACUUAACAAUUUAUCAGAAGGGGAACUUUGUGCACACACUGAGCAAUAUAGAAGAGAGUUUUCCUGCAAUGGAUUUGUGCACUCCUAACGACAUACCAUUCAAUCCUAUUCCUGAAAUUCCUUUUGAACCAAUGGAAUUUCUUUCACGUUCAUGGAGCAGUUCCUCAAUAGAGGUAAUGCAAGCUCUGUCACCAAACUCACAAGAAAAGAGCCGUGCAAUGGUAGUGAGCCCAUUCUCAGUCACUUCAUCCAGCCUUCAGUUCACUUCAAGCGAAGAUUGCAGAUCACCAACUGAUCUGUGUCCACUUAUUCCCAAGAGAGAUUCUCGUUGUGGAAUGGAGAAAUUCUCAAAUCAGGAAGAAUUUCCACCCACUCCACGGCUAGCAGAGGAUCUUAAGGCCUGGCUAUGGAUGCAGCAAACAAUACACCCUGAACUGAACCUUGGAAAGAGACUUCAGAAAAAAUUGUUUCCAAGGAACAUGACCUGCUUGAAGACUAUGUUACAAGCAUCAUCAAUCAAAAAAUGGAUUAAAGAUCUCAAAGAUAAGAAAAAAGAGGAGAUUAGGCUACAUAAUGCACAACUGCAUGCAGCCAUUUCUGUUGCAGGAGUGGCAGCAGCACUUGCAGCCAUAGCAGCUGGACAUAUCAAUGAAGAUUCAGAGAGCAAGACAAAUGUUGCUGUGGCAUCUGCAGCUGCCCUUGUUGCUGCACAGUGUGUGGAAGUUGCUGAGAACAUGGGUGCUGAUCGUCACAAAAUUUCCUCAGUUGUUACCUCUGCCGUGAAUGCAAAAAAUGCAGGAGAUAUUCUCACUUUAACUGCAGCAGCAGCAACAUCCCUAAGAGGAGCAACAACACUCAAAUCAAGGCCUAAAAAGGAAAAUCAUAAAUGGAGUCAUUCAUCUGUUAUACCUUUUGAAAAGGAUGGCAGUUGUACUCCUAAAAGUCCUAAUGGUGAAGACACAAUGAGUGGAAACAGUGAUGCAGAUUUUUGUAACAGCAGAGCACUGCUUGCCAAGGGCACUGAACUGCUUCUACACAUUGCUAAUGGCAAGCCAGUGUGGAAAAAUGUGUGUGUCUUUCUCAAUAUUGAUUCACAGCUUAUUUUAAAGGUUCGUAGCAAGCAUAUAGGUGGAGCUUUUAUCAAAGUUAAAGAGAGUGUUAUAUUAGAGGUGGAAGCUUGGCCAAGAAACGGUUUGAAUCAAGAUGAUGAACAUUCACAAUUUCUUUUGAUGAGAACAAGUGGAGGAACAAUGGAGUUUGAAUUCAAGGAUCAUUUUGAACAUCAACUUUGGACAUUCACAAUUUCUCGACUAUCAAUGUAUUCAUCUCAAAUAAAAUUGGAAUGAUGUGGAUUGUAAAUAUAUUCAAAAGGAACUUGAACCAAGACUUAAUGUUAUUCAAAUUUAUAUUUUCUUAUUUA